CCAGGUAGGUAUAACUGGAUAAGCGGGUGACAAUCAGAUACAUAGAGAGUCACUCGAAUUGAUAUAAAUCGUUCUACAAAUCUGACAUAAAACAUAUGUACAUAAAACUGGGGGUAGAUUUGAAAUGUUUUCAUUGUUGUGUAAAUUUCAGUGAUGGAAGCAAGUGAAAAGUUAACGAUACAGGCCCUGAAGGCACACGACAAAGUCCAUCCAAAAUUCAAGUCUGCUGGCCGAAAUCUGAAACAAAAGAGUCGGGCCUCGCUAUUAUCAUCUCCUGAAGAUCCAAAUGAAGUAAAGAAUAAACAAGAUGAAGGAAGCAACAGUCGUAGAAGUCGGACCCUUUCCACCAGUUCCCAGUCCAAGAAGUCUGAACCCCCCGCUCCAAGACGCUCCGGUAUUACCUUCUUCCGUAUCGUCGCAGCUACACGCGCAUGGCAACGUCUUGCUAAAAAGAAAAGCAGCCAAGCUGCUGCACCCAGCAAACCCCAAGUUCGACUGGAAAAUACGUACCAGUUGGAACCGGAGGACGAUAAAACGUUUAUACCCAAAAAGGCUGAAAAAAUUAUUCAGGAAAUAUUUGAUUCUAGACUGCAGCAAGUAAAGUACGAUUCUGUGCGAAGUAAACUUCUUGCAAAAGAUUUGGCAACGGUCAUAAACAAGAAAAUCAAAGACUUGGAAAUUCCUCGUUACAAGACUGUGAGUUCUGUGACAAUCGUUGAAAACAAAGGCCAAGGACUCAAAGUCGUCACACGGUGCAUCUGGAAUACCACCACAGACAAUUAUGCCACAUACACAUAUACCAACCAAUCAUUGAUAGCGAUCGGUCAUGUGCACGUUGUAUAUUAUGAAUGAAAUUUUUCAUUUCCCUCUCCCGUUUUUCUUUUGAAAAAAAAUCUUUUCUAAC